AUGCGGCUGGAAUGCUUAAAGAAGAACAAUGGUGAUGAAAAGUACUAUUGCACUGCCUUGGGUCAGGCAAUUGACAAGGACCUCUGGGAGCUGGAAAUUUACAACUCCAAGAUCAGAGAUGCAGGGCAUUUUACGGAAAUCUCUGUUCCAGCAGAAAUGGCAGUUCAUGAGGCAAGAUGGAAUGAACAAGUUCCUUCCAGCAACCCAGGGCGUGGAAUUACCUCACAAACUUCUAAUGAUGCUGAAGACUUUCCCUUGUACUCGUUUGAUGAAUCCUUCAGAUUUGGGGAAUUCGUUCUUGAGGAUCAUAUGCUCGAAGACGGCAACUUCCCUGAUGGGUUGUUUUAA